AUGGGCUCACCGCUCGGCCCAUUCCUCGCAAAUGUCUUCAUAGGCACAGUCGAGAUGACAAUUUUACAAGACGGUCGGAACGUGGACGAUAUCUUCUGUCUGGCGGAUAGUACCACCGAUAUCGACGACCCUGUCCAAAAGUUCAACAUUGCGCACCCCUCACUAAAGUUCACUGCUGAGUCCGAGGCAGACAACGAAAUUGAGUUUCUCGGGGUCCUUCUACACAGGCAGGAGGAUGGGCCUAUUCAGCGCAGGGUGUUCCGAAAGAAAACCUGGACAGGACAAUACAUUAAUUGCCACAGUUUUGUUCCCCUCAACAUCAAACGAAAUCUACUCCAGGGAUUAGCAGCUAGAGUGAAGCGCAUCGGCUCACCUGAAGCUAUUGAAGCAGAGCCCCAACAGCUGCAGAACAGGCUCCGCGAGGACUGA